AAAAACACACAGAAACUAAAACCAAAAUGGCUUCCAUAACUUCUGCUUCCCUAUGCUCCCUGCUCUUUCUAUUGCCUUUUCUUUUGCUACAACUUUCAGACUUGCAUGUCUCAGAAGCACAAAAUGUACCUAUAGCCAAGGGACUCUCUUUAACUUUCUUCGACACUACUUGCCCCAGAUUGGAAUCCAUUGUGAGGAAGCAACUCGAGAAAGACUUUGCUGAAGAUAUCGGCCAAGCUGCUGGCUUACUUCGCAUGCACUUCCACGAUUGCUUUGUUCAGGGCUGCGAUGCAUCUGUAUUGCUGGAUGGUUCGGCCAGUGGACCUAGCGAGCAGAAGGCGCCUCCAAAUCUGAGUCUAAGGCCCCAGGCAUUCAAAAUUAUCGAUAACAUUCGCAGACAAGUGCACAGACGUUGCGGUGCCAUUGUGUCAUGCGCUGAUAUCACCGCUCUCACCGCCCGUGAUGCAGUUGUUCUGUCCGGUGGCCCAGACUACAAAGUACCACUAGGAAGACGCGAUGGACUCAACUUCGCAACAGCACAGGCCACACUAGACAACCUUGUUGGUCCAUCUGCCAAUACAACUGAAGUCCUCCGUCGUCUGGCCAGGAAAAAUCUAGAUGUAACCGACACUGUGGCGCUCUCGGGUGCCCACACCAUUGGUCUAAGCCACUGCAGUUCAUUCACCAAUCGUCUAUACCCGCAAGACCCAACAAUGGACCAAACAUUUGCCAAAAACCUGAAAACCUCGUGCCCUCAAAAUGCACAAGUUGAUGCCACAGUAUUCCAAGACAUUCGGACUCCAAAUGUGUUCGACAACAAGUACUAUGUUGAUCUCAUGAACCGACAAGGCUUGUUUACUUCGGACCAAGAUUUGUAUACGGACAGCAGGACUCGAGGCAUUGUGACGAGCUUUGCAGUUAACCAGACUUUGUUUUUCGAGAAGUUUGUGAUCGGCAUGUUGAAGAUGGGGCAAUUGAAUGUAUUGACGGGAACUCAGGGCGAAAUUCGGGCCAAUUGUUCGAUGAGAAAUUCGGAUAAUACAUUGUUGUCUUCGGUUGUGGAUGUGGCUGAGGAGGCUGGCCAGCUUAUAGGCUUUUAGGAGAGUACAAAGUUGAAUACAUGCGCAUGUUCUGCUAGUGAAAGAUCAGAAUAAACCUUGUGAAAGGGGCUAAUUAGUUUAGUUUUGUUGUACUUUAAAUCCAAACUUUGAGGAUGAAUGUUUUUCAUGUUGGAAUUUAAGAGGUGGUGCAUCGCUUAUGUAAGGUUAUAUCUAAUAAAUUGUAAUUUAUUUGCA